AUGUUGCCAUCGAUCGCGAAUCUGCUCAACUUCGAGGCCUCGAACACCAACGACGACGAUUCGAUGGACGUCGUGGCCACACCCUCUCCCGCCGGCUACUACUCAUCGUCGAGUAUGAGUAACUCGGCGACAAGCCCUACUUUUGGCUUCCACUACACGAGUAGCACCUCUCCAUCGUCGAUGGGGGGUGCUAAUCCGAAUGAUGCCACUACGCCGACCCACCAUUCGCCGCGAUCCGAGCAACAACGCGAGGGCAAGAAGAAGAAUUCGAUCCACUUCCUCCUCAACAGCAACGAUGCCAUGGAGGAGUGCUCGGCCAGCGUCGAAUCGGCCAAAUCUUCGUCCUCUACGCCGGCCCCGUCGACCGCCGCGAGCGGUCCGUCGCCUUCCACCCAGCGCCGACGCAAGCUGCUGCGACGCAACCGGUCGGACGACCACGAGGAAGAGGAGCGCGCCGCACGCAUGCUGCUCAUGCAAGGCUUCCCGCCCGACAAGGGACUCUUCCAGACGCCCUCGUCCAGCGGCAGCGGCAGCGCGGGUGCCUCGCGCCUGGGCAACUUCCCGCUGCCGGCUCACAGCAUCGAGCAGCUGCUCCCCGCGACCACCUCGAGCCGCGGCUCGCCCAAGCCGUCGCGUCUUUUCCGCCGCAACAACAACAACAGCAACCAGCAGCAGCAACAGCAGGAGCUCGCGUACCAGCAGCAAAUGCAACAGUACCAGCUCCAGCAGCAGCUUCAACUUCAGCAACAGCUCCUCCAUCAGCAGCAGCAGCAGCACCAGCACCAACACCACCACCAGCAGCAGAUGCUCAUGCACACGAAAAAGAGCGGCAAGGACGUCCCGGUGCUGCUGCACCCGCCGCUGUCGCCCGGACCCAGCGACCACGUCAGCGUCGAGGUGUUCGGCGGCUCGUCGCUGCGCCGAAGCAACCCCGAUCGAUUGCCACCCUCGUCGGCGGUGAUGGCGUCGACGUCGACCUCGCCCACGAUGACCUCGUCGCCGGUCCUGUCCUCGUCGCCGUCGGCCUCGCUGUCGCCCUCGCUCAUGUCGCCCUCGAACCGACACAGCCAUCAGCUGCUGCCGCCGUCAAGCGUCCCGUCGCCCGCGUCGUCCCGGCCGCCGCUCGAGAGGAAUCCGUCGGUCUACUCGCUCAAGUCCUUCUACCAACAAGCGUCGACUGGCGUAGCCACCGCGCCGCAGUCUGCCGCGGCCGCGCCGUACACGCCACACUACGGAGCGCCGCCGCCGCAGUACGGCACGAUGCCCACCAACCCGUCGCACCACGGCUACGGCUCGUACCCGCCCUCGGGUGGCCACCCGUUCGCCGCGCAGCACCAGCAACAGCAGCUCCUCCAGCACCAACAUCAGCAACAGCAGCUUCACCUGCAGCACCAGCACCAGCAGCACCUGCUCCAGCAGCAACAGCUGGUCCAGCAGCAGCUCCAGCAGCAGCAACACCACAAGCUCAAGGAGGAGCGGCCGUCGUCAUCGGCCGCCGACCAGGAGCGACACCAGACCGAGCGGCUCGAAGAGCGGCGGCGGCUGACCAAGGAGCAGAAGAAGGUGCUCGAGGCCGUGUUCGAGCUCGACCCGCUGCCCAGCGCCAAGACCAAGCGCACCCUCGCCGGCGAGCUGGGCAUGUCCCUUCGGAGCGUGCAGAUGUGGUUCCAGAACCAGCGGGCCAAGCUGCGCAAGCGCGAGAAGGAGGCCAAGGACGGUGGUAGCGACAACUACCCCACGACCAAGGCCAUCGCCUCGCCACCGUCAUCAUCGUCUUCUUCGGCCAAGGGUGGUCGGCGCAGCGGCACCAGCAGCCUACGAUCGUCGGACGAGCGAGGCAACGGAGCCGAGAGCCACAGCCUGAGCAGCAGCGGCGGCGGUUCCAAGCGGGGCGGCGGCGCGGCGCCCAACUCGCUGGUCUUCCACCACAUGAAGGCCAAGACCGAGGCCGGCGGCGUCUUCCAGCUGGUCGCCGAGGACCCGUGA